AUGUUUACCCUGAUUGGUGCUGCAUCUCUGGGUAUCCUUGCCCUGUGUACAAAUGCGUGGUUGCGUCGGUGGUCUUUCGAGGUUUUCCUGCGAGGGCAUCAGAUCUUGACUGCAACUUUUGUCUAUGGCACCGUGCGGCACCUUUCAAACGAAAACGCCUCCUCAAAGCUCUAUCUCUGGGUUGCGUUGGGGAUCUUAGGGCUAACCACAUGCUUGCAGCUAGUGAUCCUGUUAUAUCGAAACGGAUUGUUUGCGGGCCGGGGUGCUCCCAGGGCGCUCGUAUCGUUUACUUUCAAGAAAACGAAGGAGGACAAGCUCGUAGUAACAGCUUCCCAGGUCCGCGUCCUAUUACCUCGACCGGUGCAGGUCGAGGCCGGGCAGUAUAUCAACCUCUGGAUACCAUCAGUGGGUUUAUGGGCGUGGACGCAGACACAUCCGUUCACUGUCACAUCAUGGUCCCGACAUAGGCAGGAUGCUAUGGAGCUUCUUGUACAACCACGCCAUGGUUUAUCCGCGGAUCUUACUCGUCACGCCUCAGUGGCCACAGAAACCUCUGUUUCUUAUAUGGCCCUAUUCACGGGUCCUCACGGAACAACUGAGGAUGUCAGCAAAUAUGAAAAUGCCUUGCUGAUCGCCAGUGGAUUUGGGAUUGCCGCGGUAAUCCCGUAUCUGAAAAAGAUGAUCUACGGUUAUAACACUUGUACUUCACAAAUACGCCGACUGCACUUAGUAUGGCAAGUAGAAUCGAUUGACAUGACAAAUGCGGCCCAAGGCCUGCUUAAUGAUCUCCUCGAUGACGACAUUAUAGACGAUGGUUAUAUUCUCAAUGUAUCCAUAUACGUGAGAAAUGGCCUUGCACAUAACAAAGUCCCAUUUGGGGAGCACGAAAGAUUUUGUCUCUACCAGGGUACACCCAAUUACGAAAGUAUUGUUUCACUCGAGGUAUCUGGGGAUCAGAUUGAAAGGCUGCCGAACAUCCGGGAAGAGAGAGGCCGGACGCUGGUUGUGGGUAAGCAGCCCGAUUGA